UCCCCCACAUCCUCCCCCCCCACCACUUCCUGGAGCAGUGACCUGCCCCCUUCCCGCCUGCACUCCCCUCCACUUCCAGGGCUGGGCUUCUCCUCACACCAGCCAGACAGCCUACUCUCCACCCAAGGGAAGCGGCUGCCUCCGCCAGGCCGCUUCCAGGAAGCCCCGGGCCAGGCCCCAGCAUUGUUCGGGCCCCAAGGCCAGCACCCCAGGCAGCCAGGCACCAUGAAGUCCAGCGGCCCUGUGGAGAGGCUGCUCAGAGCCCUGGGGAGGAGGGACAGCAGCCGGGCCACCAGCAGGCCCAGGCCAGCCCUGCACGGACGUAUACAUUAUGGGAGGACCUUCCCAGCCUAGGAAAGCUGAGCCACAUAGCUUCCGAGAGAAGGUCUUCCGGAAGAAACCACCUGUCUGUGCCGUGUGUAAGGUGACCAUCGAUGGGACAGGCGUCUCAUGCAGAGUCUGCAAAGUGGCAACACACAGAAAAUGUGAAGCAAAGGUGACUUCGUCCUGUCAGGCCUUGCCUCCCGCGGAGCUGCGGAGAAACACCGCCCCUGUGAGGCGCAUAGAGCACCUGGGAUCCACCAAGUCUCUGAACCACUCAAAGCAGCGCAGCACCCUGCCCAGGAGCUUCAGCCUGGACCCGCUCAUGGAGCGCCGCUGGGACUUGGACCUCACCUACGUGACGGAGCGGAUCCUGGCCGCCUCUUUCCCCGCGCGGCCAGACGAGCAGCGACACCGGGGCCACCUGCGCGAGCUGGCUCACGUGCUGCAAUCCAAGCACCGCGACAAGUACCUGCUCUUCAACCUUUCAGAGAAAAGACAUGACCUGACCCGGCUAAACCCGAAGGUCCAGGACUUUGGCUGGCCUGAGCUGCACGCACCCCCCCUAGACAAGCUGUGCUCUAUUUGCAAAGCCAUGGAGACCUGGCUCAGCGCUGACCCUCAGCACGUGGUCGUAUUGUACUGCAAGGGGAGCAAGGGCAAGCUUGGAGUCAUCGUCUCUGCCUACAUGCACUACAGCAAGAUCUCUGCAGGGGCAGACCAGGCGCUGGCGACCCUUACCAUGCGGAAGUUCUGUGAAGACAAGGUUGCCGCGGAAUUGCAGCCCUCCCAGCGCCGGUAUAUCACCUACUUCAGUGGUCUGCUGUCCGGCUCCAUCCGCAUGAACAGCAGCCCUCUCUUCCUGCACUACGUGCUGGUGCCCGUGCUGCCAGCCUUUGAACCUAGUGCAGGUUUCCAGCCCUUCCUCAAGAUCUACCAGUCCAUGCAGCUUGUCUACACAUCUGGAAUCUAUCACGUUGCAGGCCCUGGUCCCCAGCAGCUUUGUAUCAGCCUGGAGCCAGCCCUCCUCCUCAAAGGCGAUGUCAUGGUAACAUGCUAUCACAAGGGUAGCCGGGGGACUGACCGGACCCUCGUAUUCCGAGUCCAGUUCCACACAUGCACCAUCCAUGGACCACGGCUCACCUUCUCCAAGGACCAGCUGGAUGAGGCCUGGGCUGACGAGAGGUUCCCCUUCCAAGCCUCGGUGGAGUUCGUCUUCUCCUCCAGCCCAGAGAAGAUCAAAGGUAGCACCCCACGGAAUGAGCCCUCCGUCUCUGUCGACUACAACACUGCAGAGCCCGCAGUGCGCUGGGACUCCUACGAGAACUUCAACCUGCACCAUGAGGACAGUGCGGACGACUCUGUCACCCAUACCCGGGGGCCCCUGGAUGGCAGUCCUUAUGCCCAGGUGCAGCGAGCCCCCCGCCAGACCCCUCCAGCCCCGUCUCCGGAGCCACCCGCACCCCCGCUGCUUUCCGUCAGCAGCGACUCUGGCCAUUCCUCCACGCUGACCACGGAGCCGGCCGCCGAGUCGCCUGGCCGGCCACCCCCGACGGCUGCCGAGCGGCAGGAGCUUGAGCGCCUGCUGGGAGGCUGUGGAGUGGCCAGUGGGGGCCGGGGAGCUGGGCGCGAGACCGCCAUCCUCGAUGAUGAAGACCAGCCCGCUGCAGGCGGAGGCCCCCACCUCGGAAUGUAUUCCGGACACAGGCCAGGCCUCAGCCGCCAUUGCUCCUGCCGCCAGGGCUACCGGGAGCCCUGUGGGGUCCCCAACGGGGGCUACUACCGGCCAGAGGGGACCCUGGAGAGGCGGCGGCUGGCUUUCGGAGCCUAUGAGGGGCCCCCCCAGGGCUACGCCGAGCCCUCCGUGGAGAAGAGGCGCCUCUGCCGCUCGCUGUCCGAGGGACCGUACCCCUACCCACCUGAGCUGGGGAAACCCGCCAAUGGAGACUUUGGCUACCGCCCCCCAGGCUACCGGGAGGUGGUGAUCCUGGAAGACCCCGGGCUGCCUGCACUGUGCUCCUGCCCCGCCUGUGAGGAGAAGCUAGCACUGCCCACGGCAGCCCUCUAUGGGCUGCGGCUGGAGAGGGAGGCUGGAGAGGGGUGGGCGAGUGAGGCUGGCAAGCCCCUCCUGCACCCCGUGCGACCCGGGCACCCGCUGCCCCUGUUGGUGCCUGCCUGCGGGCACCACCACGCCCCGCUGCCUGACUACAGCUGCCUGAAGCCACCCAAGGCAGGCGAGGAAGGGCAGGAGGGCUGCUCCUACGCCAUGUGCCCUGAAGGCAGGUAUGGGCACCCAGGGUACCCUGCCCUGGUGACAUACAGCUAUGGAGGAGCGGUUCCCAGUUACUGCCCAGCAUACGGCCGGGUGCCUCACAGCUGUGGGUCUCCAGGUGAGGGCAGAGGGUAUCCCAGCCCUCGUGCCCACUCCCCCCGGGCUGGCUCCAUCUCCCCGGGCAGCCCGCCCUACCCCCAGUCCAGGAAGCUGAGCUACGAGAUCCCUGCAGAGGAGGGAGGGGACCGGUAUCCGCUGCCUGGGCACCUGGCCCCAGCAGGACCCUUGGCAUCUGCAGAGUCGCCAGAGCCCGUGUCCUGGAGGGAGGGUCCCAGCGGGCACAGCACCCUGCCCCGGUCCCCACGAGAUGCCCAGGGCAGUGCCACUUCCGAGCUGUCUGGUCCAUCCACGCCGCUGCACACCAGCAGCCCCGUCCAGGGCAAGGAGAGUGCCCGACGGCAGGACACCCGCUCCCCCACCUUGGCGCCCACUCAGAGACUGAGUCCUGCAGAGGCCUUGCCGCCUGUUUCCCAGGGAGGCGCUGAAAAGGCUCCAGAGCUGCCUGCAAGAAGUGGACCUGAGCUUCCAGCCCCUGGCACCUUCUCCCCAGCCUCCCCACCCAGCUCUCCCAAUGACUGGCCUCAGGAGAGGAGCCCGGGGGGCCGCUCGGACAGCACCAGUCCAAGGGGGCCUGUCCCCAACACCCUGCCCGGCCUCCGUCACGCCCCCUGGCAGGGCCUGCGAGACCCCCCGGACAGCCCGGACGGGUCCCCUCUCACCCCUGUGCCUACUCAGAUGCCCUGGCUUGUGGCCAGCCCAGAACCCCCUCAGAGCUCGCCCACACCUGCCUUUCCUCUGGCUGUAUCUUAUGACAUCAAUGGCCCCCCACAGCCCCCUCUUCCUGAGAAACGCCACCUGCUGGGGCCUGGACAGCAGCCGGGACCCUGGGGCCCAGAGCAGGCAUCACCACCAGCCAGAGGCACUAGUCACCACGUCACUUUUGCACCUCUGCUCCCGGAUAAUGCCCCCCAACCCCCAGAGCCCCCGCUGCAAGAGAGCCAGAGCAAUGUCAAGUUUGUCCAGGACACGUCCAAGUUCUGGUACAAGCCACACCUGUCCCGUGACCAAGCCAUCGCCCUGCUGAAGGACAAAGACCCUGGGGCCUUCCUGAUCAGGGACAGUCAUUCAUUCCAAGGAGCCUAUGGGCUGGCUCUGAAGGUGGCUACGCCCCCUCCCAGCGCCCAGUCCUGGAAAGAGAAUUCCAGCAGAGAGAAGCAGAACCUGGAAUCUUCUCCAUUCCCGUCAGGGGACCCCUCGGAACAGCUGGUCCGCCAUUUUCUCAUUGAGACUGGGCCCAAAGGGGUGAAGAUCAAGGGCUGUCCCAGCGAGCCCUACUUUGGCAGCCUAUCAGCCCUGGUCUCCCAGCACUCCAUCUCCCCACUGUCCCUGCCCUGCUGCCUGCGCAUUCCCAGCAAAGAUCCUCUGGAGGAGGUCCCAGAGGCCCCAGUGCCCAGCAACAUGAGUACGGCAGCAGACCUCCUGCGUCAGGGCGCCGCCUGCAGUGUGCUCUACCUGACCUCAGUGGAGACGGAGUCGCUGACGGGCCCCCAAGCGGUGGCACGGGCCAGCUCCGCGGCUCUGAGCUGCAGCCCCCGCCCCACGCCAGCCGUUGUCCACUUCAAGGUCUCAGCCCAGGGCAUCACACUCACAGACAACCAAAGGAAGCUCUUCUUUCGCCGCCAUUAUCCAGUGAACAGCAUCACCUUCUCCAGCACUGACCCUCAGGACCGGAGAUGGACCAACUCCGACGGGACCACCUCCAAGAUCUUUGGUUUUGUGGCCAAGAAGCCGGGAAGCCCUUGGGAGAAUGUGUGUCACCUCUUUGCAGAGCUUGACCCAGAUCAGCCUGCAGGCGCCAUUGUCACCUUCAUCACCAAAGUUUUACUGGGCCAGAGGAAAUGAAGGAAGGCCACAAGCUCCAAGCCCGCGUCAACACUGUGCCCCUCUCAGCACCACACAGCCCUCACUUCCCCUGGCCUGGACCCAGGAGACCCAGGAGCCGCCUCUCCCCUAGGAAUGGGGAGCAGACACACCGGCCUGCAACACUGCUCUCCUUCCCCGCCCCCAGCCUGCUAAGCAAGUGGAUGGGCCCAUGAGAUGACCUUGCAUGUGAGCAGAGGGCAGAGACGGGUGUGUGAGGGUGAGGUGGUGGAGCCUGGAAGGGGUGAUCCAGACAGCCCCACCUGCAGGAGAGCGUCAGCGCUGGCAGGGGAGACAGGCCUUGCCUGCUCCACCAGCUGCAGGUCCCAGCACGGCAGGGAGAGAGGAGAGGUGUGGGGAGCAAGGCACUCCCUCCUCUGCCUCCCCUCUGAGCAGAGAGAUCAGAGUAGGAUCACAUGAAAACGGGGGGGAAAAAAAGAGUCUAUUUUUGUCUAAUAAUAAAGAGUUUCUAUAAUGUUUAGUCAGA